GCUCAAGAACUCAAUCACAGCUUAAGAAUCUGCUGCUAAAGCUGAGGAAAGAGCUUCCUCUAGCUAGAAUCACUCACUUAGACAUGUAUUCAGCCAAAUAUCCUCUAGCAUGGCGAAAACUCUAGGUUUUGUUGAUCCAGUGAACUAUUGCUGUUGGAGCUUCCAUGGCUUACACCUCAACUGUGGGAAGAAAGAAGCUGUGAAUGGAACAGUCUACGAGAACAACACUUGCAAGGAUCCAUCAAGGCAUGUUAGCUGGGAUGGCAUACACUACUCUGAGGCUGCAAACUUGUGGGUUGCUAACCACAUUUUGAAUGGCUCAUUUUCAGACCCACCAUUGCCGAUCGACAAAGCUUGUCGACCAUUACCAAUACGAUGAAUUGAACUAUUAUAAGUCGAUGAAAAUGUACUCGUAAAAUAGUACUUCGAAAUAAAUGAACUACAAAUGAGUGCAUAAAUAUGGAAGGAUCGGCUGAUUAUGAGCAGAAUCAACAUUUUUUUAAAUCCAAA